AUGGCUUCCAAGUUGGCCUUUCUUCUUCUUGCUCUCUUUGCUCUUUCACUCAUUAUUUGCUCGGUUGUAACAGCUAGGGACUUGCCUAAUCAGUCUUCCUCUAAUCAUGGUGAACAAAAUCAUGGAGAGGUGGAUGAUGCCAAAUAUGGUUAUGGAGGUUACCCAGGUCGUGGUGGCUAUGGCGGUGGUUAUCUUGGACGUGGUGGAUACGGCGGUGGUUACCCAAGCCAUGGUGGCUAUGGCGGUGGAUAUCGAGGAGGAUAUUGCCGCUAUGGAUGUUGUGGAGGAAGGCAUGGAGGAGGCUGUAGAAGAUGUUGUUCUUAUGCUGGUGAAGCUAUGGGUGCACAACCCACGACUGAAGCUCAUAACUAAGACACCUUACCUGCGUAUUAGAAUUAUAUGUGCUACUUUUGUUGUUCUAGUAAAUUGUGUUUUUACCUUGGGUUAAGUGUUAUUUUUGUCUCUAAACUUUACUUUUGGAGUUUGCAAGUACCCUAAACUUGAUUUGAGGU